GAGCCGUCGCUGCCCUCGCCCCUCCUCCCGGCGGCUGCAUGCCCGGCAAUCACUGCCGCGGCAGCGACACCACGCCGCCCUCCGGCCGGGAGGCGCCCGCCACUAAUGCCCGCCUCGGCGGCGGAGCCGGGACCGCAUCCCCGCCCCGCGCUCCUCCCCGCCGCGUGGCUUUGCCCCCUUGGCGGCCGCUCUGGCCGAGCUUUUCCCUUCAUCCCUGCUUUCCUCACUUCUUCCCUGCCUCGCCUGGUGAGGGUAUGGCUGCUUCCGAUGCUGGUCGGCAUCCGCAAAAUGGUGACUAUCGAACUUUAUCCUUGUCUGCGCAUGUUGGGUUUGAUAGUUUACCUGACCAGCUGAUUAAGAAAUCCAUCAAACAGGGCUUCUCUUUCAACGUUCUUUGCAUUGGAGAAACUGGAAUUGGGAAAUCAGCCUUGAUAAACAGUUUAUUUAACAGCAAUUUUGAGGACCCUCCAUCAACACAUUUUCUGCCAAGUGUACAACUUAGAACCCAGACUUAUGAACUUCAGGAGAGUAAUGUUCUUUUGAAGCUGACCAUUGUAAAUACAGUGGGAUUUGGUGACCAGAUGAACAAAGGAGAUAGCUAUCAGCCAGUAGUGGAUUAUAUAGAUGCACAAUUUGAAGCCUAUCUCCAGGAAGAACUGAAAAUUAUACGUUCUUUAUUUAGCUACCAUGAUACUCGCAUCCAUGUUUGCCUCUAUUUCAUCUCACCUACAGGCCGUUCCCUAAAAACCCUAGAUUUGUUAACCAUGAGAAGCCUAGACAGUAAGGUGAACAUUAUACCAGUUAUAGGCAAAGCAGACAGCAUUUCUAAAACUGAGCUUCAGGAGUUCAAGAGCAAAAUAAUGAGUGAAUUAGUUAGUAAUGGCAUCCAGAUAUACCAGUUUCCAACAGAUGAUGAAACUGUUUCUGAAAUUAAUACCAUCACGAAUGGUAAUUUGCCUUUCGCUGUAGUAGGAAGUACGGAAAAGGUGAAUAUUGGAAACAAAAUGGUGAGAGCUCGUCAGUACCCUUGGGGCAUUGUAAAAGUGGAAAAUGAGAGCCACUGUGACACUGUAAAGCUUCGCAAGAUGCUUUGCACAAAUAUGGAAGAUUUAAGAGAGAAGACUCAUGCACAACACUAUGAGUUGUACAGACGCUGCAGACUGGAAGAGAUGGGUUUCCGAGACAUUGGCCCCGAGACCAAACCAGUCAGGCUUCCAUGCUUUCAGUCUUAUGCAGACAGAGAAACUGUAUGUCACAGCUAUGCUUCUUCAGAAAGUCUACAGGAAGCCUAUGAGGCAAAGAGGCAUAAGUUCUACCUUGAACUGCAAAGAAAAGAGGAGGAGAUUAAAAAACGAUUUGUGCAGAGAGUGAAGGAGAAAGCAGCAAUGUUGAAAGAGGCAGAGCAAAAGGUGCAGACUAAGUUUGAAUGUCUUAUGCUAAUGCAUCAAGAAGAGGAACUGAAAUUAGACGAAAAGAAAAAAGUUCUAGAAGAUGAAAUAGCUGAGUUUAUUGAGAAGAAAGCUACGGCUGAAUUGCUUCAAUCACAAGCACCCAUCUCUACCCCUAUUGUUAAUUUGAAGAGACAAGGACUGCAGAAAAACCAAGAUUUUCAACUUGAACUCCAAUGCUUUGAUGUCAGAGAUGAAGGAACUAUGAACGUUCAAGAACAGAGCAAGAGGGAAAGUGAGGAGGAGGAGUUAGAGAGAGAAAUUCACCCAGGGAAUUCCAGAAAUAGUAUUUGAUUGCAGCACUCAACACUUUGAAUGUAGGGUAUGUUAGUAGUUUUAUAAAGUGGUCUGACUGCUGUUGUCCCAUAAUAUUAGAUGUGUCUUCCUAAUGCAGAUUUUUUAGAGAAGAGAUUGAUAAAAUUGGCUGUGAAAAUACAAGGAGUGCAGAAUAUGACACGAUAAAGAUUUCACUUCCUUCUCUUCCACCUGCUUGUUUUUUUCUCCACUCCCAAAAGAAAACCUUGAAUAGAUUGUGGAAUUUCGGAAAUAUAUUCAAAAGUAGGCUCCAGAAUAACAUGCCCAACUUCUUCAUAUAUAAAAAUAGAAUUAAAUGCUCAUAUAAUAAAUUAAACUGAUUUAAAUGGUUUUUUUCUUCCAAACCCAGAAGUCAAUUAAUUUAUUAAUUUCUUUUCCUGAUAGGUUACAAAUUUACUGCAGAUAACAUUUUGUUAAUUAGUAACUUACUGCAGUUGAAAGCAGAUUUUUUUGCUUCUGAAUUUAUUAAUAACUGCUAGAUUAUGAAGAACUUUCGAAGCUAGAUUGGUGCACAUAUUUCCACAAAUAUGUGACAUUUUUGUGGUCUAUGAUAGGAACCUGCUUAUGUUUUUGCCAAAAUUUAUUGCAUUUCAUCUACUGUUACUGAAUUCAUUUUCCAAGACUCCUUUUUUUCUGGAUUUACAUAUGAAAGUGGAAUUCUUGGUAACAGAGGUCAUUAUCUGCACUACUAUGAGUAACUCUCAACUUCAGAAAAUUUUUUAUUUGUUUUCUCUGGUUUAGUUUUAUUUCUUCAGAGUAAGUUAAGUUUAUGUGCUCGCUCUAGUUUUUUAGUUCCAGCUUUCCAUAGUACUGAUGACAGAAGACACAGUAUUGAUAAUUUCUCUUGAGGAAGCAGUGAUUCAUGGUGCGCUUUUGAAGGUAUAGCAGUUUCAGUUUCUUACUAAAGGAAGAUAUCUCUUGUUGCUGCAUGCUGCAAAACAAGAAUUUUUAUGCAUGAUCUGUACACAUACAACGAGGUGAUUACUGUCAUCACCAUUGCAGACUUGCUGUUGCGAGUCUGCCUUGAUAUGUGUUUGCCUUAUGUACGUGUGGCCAGCUUGCUUUCAUUUAAAAUGCAUUAUGCCACAGACAGCUCCAUUUGGCCUAUGAAUGAUGUAAUACAAAAGUAUUCAGUGAAUAUAUCCACCACAACCUUUCUAAAGAGUUUUUUUCAAAUGGUAGGGUUUAGUAGUCUACUAAGUAUUAUUUAAUACAACUGUUGACACACUUGAACCAUUUACUGAUUUUUCUGACAGAUUUUUGUUUAUAGGCUUUUAUGUACAUGCAGUGUUCUAGAUUUCAGGUACGGUCUUUCUAAUGAAAAUUUAUUGGAAUAUUUUUGCAGUGCUGUACUUUACUGAUGAUAGUUUAUCUGACAUUAAUUUAAUAUGGAAAGUACCUGUAACUUUUUGAUGCUUAUUGGUGUUCAGUUACAGCUGAAGUUUUACAAAAACUAUUAACUAUGAGAGCUGCAGGUUAAAACAAGUUUUAAAUGCUUUGUAUGUUUUCAGUAGCCAUGAUAACUAAUGGGAAACUAUGAGGUACAGUUCUCUGAAGUUCUUUUGUGCAACUGUUUAACAGUGAAAUGCUAACCUGACAAAAAUAAAAUAGGUUGGUUUUGCUUAAGAGUUACUCUUGUUCUGCUUUCUGUCCCUCAUGUGUUAAUAAAAAGGAAUAAGAUUUCA